AUGAAGCUUCUUUGCUCCUGGAGUCUACUUACAUCCUCCGCACUGGCGACUGCCAGUGCGCAAGAAAACGCCAAUGCCUCUACUCUGUUAUCUCGGGUGAUUGAUGCGCUUGGAGGCACUAAGGUUAUUGAAAAUGUCCAUGGCCUGUCUGUUGAAGCGUCGGUAUUUCGAAGCCAAUCGCCCCAGCAGAGUUACAGUCUGGUUUCUACCGACCAAUUGGUAGCUACUACUGCGAAACAGACCAUCUCAUAUGCGUUUGGCAACGACACCUUCCAGCAGCGCACCGACCGCUCGCAGACUUACGACGACUACUGGCGAUAUGCUCACCGGAGCUUAAAGCUUGACUUUUGCCUCGUGAUUCAAACUGGUUCCAACGCAUCCGUGUGUUUCAAUCGCGGCGGCAGCCCAUUGGACGGUGCCGUUCCCUUUGGCUAUGCAGAUCGAUAUUUGACAGACUACUUGUUGCACGUUGCUCAACAGACUGCCAUACUGGACGUGGUUCGAAAAUUCAACACGUCAAGACGCAGUCUUACCGUUUCCAACACGCAUGAUGCAGAAUCCAAUACGAACUUCCCAACUCUGACCCACCAUAGCUUAAACCUGGAACUUCUCAUCACUAACGGCACUUGGCUUCCAUACGCCGUACGUUCCAGAGAGAAGCACAAUGUUUGGGGACUGUCAACGAGCGAUGCGGUCUUUUCCAAUUUUACCAACGUUGCUGUGGGCGAUUCGUACGUCAAGUUCCCUUCACGCAUUCAGACGAUUUACAACGGCCGCUAUGUUCUGGAAGACUAUGUCAAUGACAAGGUUACAGUGAACCCCGAGUUUCCCAGUGGCUUCUUUGAUGCGGUACCACCAACUAAUCCUGCUGCACCGCCUGCCUCGUUCCAUCGACAUCCACCUCACACUGAUGAGGAAUACCCCAGAUCAGAGGUUCAUGAAUUCUACGAGUCUGGUUUGUGGUUUGGUCCUUUUGGAGACAAGAAUAAUGUUUCAACUGUGGUAGCCAAGCCAGUAUUUCCAGGUGGCAGUGUUCCCCAAAUCAUCAAUCUGUAUGUGGGCGAGCCAAACUAUGUUCAGCUUCUUGUUGACUUUGAAGAUGGUAUUCUGUUGGUUGAUGCGCCUCCCCAUCGGUUCAAAAUAUUGAGCGAAUGGGUCAAGAAGAAUAUUCCAGGGAAAAAGAUUACCCAUGUUGUAGCUAGCCAUCACCAUCGCGAUCAUACCGGCGGUAUUGGCGAGUUCCUUGCCGAUGGAGCUAUCCUUAUUGUGCCAGAGGUGGCCAGGAACUUUUACAGCAAGACGACCAACGCCACGUUUACUAUUCAGACAUACACCGAGCACAAGCCCUUUGUAAAAAAGGAUAAGAAUGUGCAGUUCAUGUCGUUUUGGGCAGACAACAACCCGCAUGCCCAAGACUGGGUCUGGUCGCUGGCUGCACCUGCAUGCUCCUCCAGCUUUAACCGUUCCGAGGUGGUCAUCUUCAAUACCGAUGUCAUCAACCCGAGCCCUGGUCCAAAUGUCAUGUGGGACACUAGCGAGUCGAUUGACUUUUUCCACAGUGCCGUUAAGCAGGGAGUACCUAUUGAGGCUACUUUGGUUGGUGCUCAUGGACAUACUCCAUACGGCCUGGGAACGCAGGAUUCUAUAGCUCAUCUGGCUGCGAUUGCUGGAUUUCCGUACCCAGCCUCAUCCAAUAAGGUGAAAUGGUGCUAA